UGUAAAGUCGCACCAUUUCGGCUUUGUGCGUCCACGGUCUCCAAAAAGACUAUUUAUCACACAAUGGAACGCGGUCGAGCGAAUUUCUAACUGAGCGCACGUGUUUAAGUUCUCUACAUGACCUCGAAUGACGGUUCGAGUUACAAUGAAACUUUGGCCGACGACGAAAAAACGCGUUCAGCUCAGCAGAGGAGAAAAGCGAGCGCAAUGACGGAGCGCAGCGUGCGAAGGUAAAGCAGAAAAGUUCAUUAGCUUAUCGCGCAUUGAUAGCUUGUGAAAAUACCAAGAAGGCAGAAUCCAUUUUGAGAAAAUAUAACACAGUCCUGGAAAGCGCUUAUAGCCUAUACUGUUUUUGUUGAAACAAGAAAAAGUGUGAAUAAUGGCUGAAGAGGGAUCCGGUGGUUUGGCGCACUCCGCCGCGGUUAAACUCUCAGAGAUGGGUGAAAAAACUAAACAACUAGGCACUGCUAUCCAAGAACCUGAAAGACAACGGAGAAUUAUUUUAGUAAUCGUCUGUGUCGCACUUUUGCUAGAUAAUAUGCUUUACAUGGUGAUCGUGCCAAUCGUUCCUGAUUAUUUAGCCAAACUUGAAAGUGAAUCCACCAACUCAUCCAACAGCACAAAAAACUUCGACCUGCAGAUUGGUGUCCUAUUUGCAUCCAAAGCCAUUUUGCAACUUCUCGUAAAUCCUCUGACGGGUACCUUCAUAGACCGCGUUGGAUACGACAUACCACUUUUAAUUGGACUUUCCAUCAUGUUUGUUUCCACGUGCAUUUUUGCCUUCGCCGAAAACUAUGCGACACUUUUCGUAGCGCGGAGUCUGCAGGGUCUCGGUUCGGCUUUUGCAGACACGUCAGGUAUCGCAAUGAUAGCAGACACAUACACGGAGGAGGCCGAGAGAAGUCGAGCUCUGGGCAUCGCCUUGGCAUUUAUCUCGUUCGGCAGCCUGGCGGCGCCCCCCUUCGGCGGGGUGCUUUACGAGUUUGCAGGGAAGCGCUUCCCUUUCCUCGCCCUCGCCUGCGUUUGUCUAGUCGACGGUAUUUUGUGUUUGACUGUCCUUAAGCCAUUUUCCAGCAGGACCAGGGAAAACAUGCCAGUUGGCACACCCAUUUACAAACUUAUGAUUGAUCCCUUUAUAGCAGUGGUGGCAGGUGCACUGACCACGUGUAACAUCCCCCUUGCGUUUCUGGAGCCCACCAUCGCGAACUGGAUGGAGGAGACCAUGAAAGCGUCCGAGUGGCAAAUCGGACUUACGUGGUUGCCAGCUUUUUUCCCCCAUAUUUUAGGUGUCUACAUUACGGUAAAACUGGCAGCACGGCACCCACAUUUACAAUGGUUUUAUGGCGCACUUGGCAUGGUCAUAAUAGGUGCCAGCUCUUGCACUGUGCCGGCAUGCAAAAACUUUGAGCAACUUAUAAUUCCUCUGUGCGGCAUCUGCUUUGGCAUUGCGCUGGUGGACACCGCGUUGUUGCCUACACUUGCGUUUCUGGUUGAUGUGCGUCAUGUUUCUGUGUAUGGCAGUGUGUACGCCAUUGCGGACAUCUCCUACUGCGUCGCCUAUGCUCUGGGUCCAGUUGUAGCUGGUAAGAUAGUGCACGACCUCGGUUUUGUGCAGCUCAAUCUGGGCAUGGGCCUCGCCAACAUGCUUUACGCGCCAGCCUUGCUCCUGCUGCGCAACGUGUGCCUCAUGAAGCCAUCUCACUCCGAGAGAAACAUGCUGCUGGAGGAAGGGGCCACAGGCCUUUACGACACUAUAAAACUAGAAGAGUGCCAAGCCAAGAAAAGGAAGAAGGGCCACAGCACAACGGACAACUGUCUGCCGGUGGACGAUAACGGCAUAUUUGGCGGAAAUGUCAGAUCAUACUCUCAAGAAGAAGCAUCUGAACCCGAAUAUGCAUAAAUGCACACUGCUAAUCACUAAUUUUCUGGCCACACACAUUUAUAUACACAAUAUAACCCUAAAAUAGACUUUACCCCUGUCUGGGAAAAAAAUGUCAAUGUGUUGUCUAGCCAUAUAAUUGCGUAUAAAUUCUUUCACACUGGUGCAAAAAUGUACAUAAAAAUAAUAAUAAAAAAAUGAACAUGCCGAAUAUGCUGUGUAAUUCUAGGACAUACUCAGCCCAUGUUUGAUAAAGAUUUAACUGCUUCAUGUGUUCUUUUUAAGAAUAAUACUACAGAUUAUCAGCCUAUAUUAGAAUCAUCCCUCUAUCUUUCAAGGUAUCACUGUGGAUUAUUUUUCCUUUGAUCAAAGUCAUCACUCUUACAAUCACUGUUUUAAAAUGCGUUCAGGGAUAUAAAUAAACGCACACGUGAAAAUGUGCGUCGUUAUUCAAAACCGGCUUAAGUUAUUGUUGUUUUGCCAGGUCUGUGCUACUAAAACUUAUAUGCAAUGUUACUUGACUAUUUGAUGGAUUAAAAGAUGGAUCUAAUGUGUUGCCUAUCCUGCAUCUCCACUGUCUAUAUGUAGUCUAUUAAUAUUGUGAGGGUGUGUUUUUCUGGAAUGCGUCAAUGUAUA